CUCACGCAUGUCUUCAUCCUCCAGUCCAGGCGUGCUGUCAGAUGGGUGUGGUUCCUUAUUCAGGGAAGUUUCGUGUUCCCCCAAGAGUGGAGCGGUGAACACAUGAUGCUGAGUGAAUCGUGAUUGAAAAUCUGACGGACAAGAACUUCAGGUGGCAUGUAAGGGAAGCUGGUGUAUUUUGUUUUGUUUUGUUUUACAUCUUGGAAAGGUUGAAGGAUUGGAGACUGAUCAAGAACCAUGGGCCUCCUGCAGCUGCUGAAAUCCCAGUUCUUGUGCCAACUGAUCAUCUGCUAUGUGUUCCUGGCCAGCGGCCUUAUUGUCAACCUGUUGCAACUCUGCACUUCACCUCUGUGGCUGAUCAAUAAGCAGCUGGCUCGCAGGCUCAACGUCAGACUGGCCUACUGCAUCAGUAGUCAGAUGGUAGCAGCCCUGGAGUGGUGGUCUGGGACAGAAUGCACACUCUACACCGACCCAAAGAGUUAUUCACUGUAUGGAAAUGAGAAUGCCAUUGUGGUUCUCAACCACAUGUUUGAGAUUGACUUCCUGUGUGGCUGGACGUUCUGUGAGCGAUUUGGCGUCCUUGGGAGCUCAAAGGUGUUAGCCAAAAAAGAACUGGCUUAUGUACCAAUUAUUGGCUGGAUGUGGUACUUCCUGGAGAUAGUUUUCUGCAAGCGCAAGUGGGAGGAGGACCGGACGACGGUGGCUCAGAGUCUCCAGAGGCUGCAGGAUUACCCAGAGAACUUUUGGUUCUUGCUUUACUGUGAAGGAACACGGUUCACGCCAAAGAAGCACCAGAUCAGCAUGCAGGUGGCUGAGAGCAAAGGUUUACCCAAACUCAAGUAUCAUCUUUUGCCCAGGACCAAGGGAUUCUGGGUAACUGUCCAAAACCUCAGAGGAACAGCUGCAGCUGUUUAUGACUCCACGCUGAACUUCAGGAACAAUGAAGCGCCAACCUUGCUCGGAAUACUUAAUGGGAAGAAAUAUCAUGCAGAUUUAUAUGUGAGGAGAAUUCCACUGGAGUUGAUCCCAGAGGAUGAGGCAGAGUGUGCUGCUUGGCUACACAAACUUUACCAGGAAAAGGACAGUUUUCAGGAGCACUACACAGAGACGGGGCGUUUUCCUGGUCCCAUAGUGAGCCCUGCUCGUCGACCAUGGUCCUUGAUCAACUGGCUCUUCUGGUCCUGUUUGCUGCUCUAUCCUCUAGCCCUGCUGCUCAUUCAACUGAUCAGCUCUGGAUCAGUUCUUACCAUUGUCGUCUCUGCGGCCAUCUGCUACGCAGCUUCAGCGGGAGUUCGCUGGAUGAUUGGCCAGACUGAGAUCAACAGAGGCUCAAACUAUGGGAAUAAGGAAGUUCCUCUAAACAAAAACUAAGGAUUUCUGACUUACUCAGAGCUGCUUCUUUGCACAGCUACUAAUCUGCAAGUUGCCAGUCUGGCAGGAAUCUGUUGAUCCCACAAGUCCAGACCUGCUUCAGUGCACAGCACAUCAUAGCGUAGCCCCUUCUUAACGCUAGGCUACAGAAGCUCAACAUGUAAGAUCAUGGAAGCGGAUCAUGGUGAACAGAGUCCUUUGCAAAACUGAAAGGACAGGCAAGAUUUUUUUUAAAAAGGCUUUACUACAUUGUACUCCAAUGAGUGUUAAUAUUUGAAUACAACCAAGACAAAUAUGUUUACUGAUAAUUGAAAUAACCAGAUGAAUGAAUGGACUACCUCUGUGAUUGCAAAGUAAUGCUUAAAAGGCAUUUUCACAGUGAAAGAAAAUGAACAUUUCCCUUUUUUUAAAAACACUUUGCUUAAUAAUGUGGUUUGUACAGUAAAUGACCUGAAGUUGUGAUACGAGUCAAGUGUGUGUGGAUGUGAGUUGUGUUCAGCAGCAGUGAAGGCCUCUUUCUCCUCCUAAUUGGCUACACUCCAGUCAAAUGAACAGCUCUUCACAAGCAAAUAGAUUCACUCCGAAAGCCCUCGAAGGCUUCAACUUGAAGUUCUCUCCUCAGCAAGGUAUUUUAAGUACUCUAAGUAUGAGAAUAUUUGUACAGCAGGAACACUUUAAAACAGAUGCUGAAGCAGAGUCUCACCUUGGCUUUAUUGUGCUUGUAGUCGGAAGUCUGCAGGUUAAGAUAAAAAUUGGUGAGUCACUGCUAUGAGUUACAAGUCACUUGCAUGUGGUUUUAAUAAAGAAAUUGAUAUACUGCACUGUUA